AUGGAGGAUGUCACAGCGACCGGUGUUCGUCGGAAAGACACUACGAAGGGUCCGCCGUUGCGCAUCCUGUGCCUUGAUGGCGGCGGCGUACGGGGAUAUUCAACGUUGAUCAUGCUGCAGGAAUUGAUGUAUCGAACUUACGUCGAGGCUGAGGGGAAAGCUCCGCGGCGUCAUCAAAUACCAAAACCAUGCGAUCACUUUGACCUCAUUGCCGGCUAUGGAACAGGCGGGCUUAUUGCUCUGAUGCUGGGCCGCUUGCGCCUGGACAUAGAGACAUGCAAGAACCUCUAUCCUCGGUUAACUAAAUAUGUCUUCGAGACUGACAAGACCAUUGCCGGUAUUCCAUAUCGAUCAACUCUAUUCAAGGCAUCAAGGCUAGAAGAUGCUAUCCGCCAAUGUGUUAGAGAACAUACAGUAUCAGAAUAUGAAGGAAACGAUGGCAGCCCAUCAUAUUCGUCGGGUGGUGAUUAUAACUAUAUGGGACCGCCCCUCACCUCACCAUCAACUACCAGCCUUGCGUUCAGCGGAGGGGGACGACGAUUAAGCAGAUCAAACUCCAACCUGAGCCGCACGACGAGUACUACCAGCGUGAAUAGGGCGUCCUUGCAAGCAAGCCCGCCGGGGCCAAGGAGGUGGGGGAAUCCCAAUGCCCAACUCUAUGACAAUAGGGAGAACAGGACGAAGACAGCGGUUACAGCAUACUUCAGAGGAACGCCUAAAAAUGUGCCCCCCAUGCUCCUACGUUCAUAUGAUUCGCGAAAAGAACCUGCACCUGACUUCAAUUGUACUGUAUGGCAAGCUGGCCGUGCUACAUGCGCCAUGCUACAUCAUUUCAAGCCUAUCCAGAUCGGCCAGCAGAUGUUUCUGGAUGAAGGAGGAGGGAAGUUCAAUCCCUCUCCUCAGAUUUUGGAUGAAGCAACCGUCAAUGAAUGGCCCGGCAGAGAAGUUGGUGUUUUUAUCAGUAUAGGCACCGGAAAGCGGCCUUCCAGCGCGCGCAAUAUCAAACAUGAAUGGUGGGAGGAUGUCUUUGCUGAUUCUCUGGGUCAAUUUGCAGAGGCCCGGAGAAAUCUUAUUGCCAAAAUCGAAGGAUGUGAAACGACACAUAAAUACAUGUUGAAAGAGCAUCUUGCAAAAAGAAACGUGCCAAGGGAAAACUACUAUCGCCUUAACGUUGAAGUUGGUGUUGGAGAGUACGGCAUGAAUGAAUGGACUCGUCUGGCCGAAAUCAGCACCAAUACGCGCCUAUAUCUGGCGAGGAGUGAAGUUCAAAGGAUGACCCAGGACUCGGCCAUGAAAAUGGCCAAAAUCCACCGGAUACAUCGCCGCAUGCAGGCCCACGAAGCCGCAAUUGCUGACGCUGAAGCCCGUGAGGCCAAUCUCAUGACACGGCCACCACCUCCACCACCAGGAAGCAACCAGCGUCCUCCUGUUCCAACUUCCGCUCCUCCACCAGUUCCUCAGUCAGCCACAGGUCACAGGCCGUCAAGCUCUCAGCAAUUCAAACCCUUGCCCUCGCAACCAAUCUUUGAAUUACCUGCCAUCGAAAUAUCGGCAGAUAAAUUCUCCAGUGAUUUCAGACCGCCUUCCCAGCAUUCCAGCAUUGGGAUCCCACCAACCGGCAGGCACAGCGCGAAAGCAAGCUCACAGUGUCUUCCAUACAAUUCUUCCCCGCGUGUGAGCUCCGAGCUGUCCGCGCAAGAGUCGCGCCCCCCCCUUCCGCCAAAGACGCCGCUGCCUGCAUCUAACUAUCUCGUGGACGAUACGAGCACCGUUAUCACGGAGAAUCUGGUACUGCCCAUGCCGUCGCCUACGCAGAAUGGUAGCCGGCCCGCUGUCGCAAGCUCGAAUAAAUGGAAAUUGCCAUAUCCAGAUGACGUGCCGCCGCCUCCGGUUAAUAAGUCGCGAAAGCCAACGUCUAAUAAUGCCCGUGUUUAG